AUGCCUGCUCCAGCCGUAGGAAUCGAUCUUGGAACUACCUAUUCUUGUGUUGGUGUUUUCCAACACGGGAAGGUUGAAAUAAUCGCUAAUGAUCAAGGAAAUCGAACAACUCCGAGUUAUGUCGCCUUCACUGAAACGGAAAGACUCAUUGGCGACCCGGCGAAGAACCAAGUCGCUCUCAAUCCCUCAAAUACAGUUUUCGGUGAGUUGUUUUUUCAGGAGACUUCUGCUUAAUCUCAAACGAAAUAUAGUGAUUUUCGACGUUACAUAGAUGUAACCUCGAUACAAAAGAAGGUCAUUUUUUUUCGGCGCCUGUGAUCGAUCGCCAUACUCUUUUUUGUUGGUUAGAUGCAAAGCGGCUCAUCGGACGAAAAUUUAACGAAGCAACUGUUCAAGGCGACAUGAAACACUGGUCUUUUAAGGUAAAUCAGUAAUACUCAAGGUUAAAUAAACCUCAAGUAUUAAAUAAGAAUGAUUUCAAUCUGCUCAAUGCAUGCAAAAAUUCACUUUCACUUUCAGGUUGUAGACGAUGGCGGAAGACCAAAAAUUCAAGUUGAACACAAAGGCGAAACUAAAACGUUCUUUGCCGAAGAGGUAUUUGACCCUUCCUUUUUGCUUGAGUAUUUCUCAAGAUGAAAGGUAAGCUUUAGUAACUUAUCUGCCACAUACCUCGCUUAUCGUACAUGUUCGUUGUUUUAUAUGACAGAUUUCUUCCAUGGUUUUGACCAAAAUGAAGGAAACAGCAGAGGCGUAUCUCGGUGAUAAGGUCACUGACGCUGUUGUCACUGUGCCGGCUUAUUUCAAUGAUUCACAGAGACAGGCAACCAAAGAUGCCGGUAAGAAGUCUAAGAACUAAAACUGGACUAGACUUGACUUUCAGUCAAGUGUACUGAAAAUAAUUUGUUAAAAGUAUCUGUGGGGUUUUAUUAUUUUUUUUAUUUCCUACUUGCUACACAUGUAUUACAGCAACAGAUAGCUCCUCUGUAGGAAGAACGUGCUAUGAAAUAUAUGUUUUGUCUCUCUUAAACCCCACCUGGAAGGGGUUGUACUUUCUAUAUACCUGCCAACUCUCCCGGUUUUCCCUGGAGUGUCGGUCUCCAAUAGGAUUCUUCAGUCCAGUAAUCCUGACCUGAAAUUCCAUGUAAUCCCAAGGGUAUCCCACCUCCUGCGCAUACUUUCAAUCCUGAAUACUGAGCUUCAGACUAGGAAAAUCUCGGAUCCCAAAAAACCUAUUUUUCUACCAUAGCCUUUUUCAAAAUUUUUUUUUUUUUGAGAUUUCAAAAAGGAAAAUAAAACAAGAAGUGGAUUUGAUUCUCUUGUUUGAGCUGUUCUCGAUCAAAAAACAUAAAACAGAGCAAUCAAAUUGAUAUAUAUUUAACGAGUAUCGUAAUUGGUAAGAAAUCAUCAAAUCAAAUUGCACAAUACAUGGUAGAAAGGAGGCCACAAGGUGGCCAAGUGAGCGACAGUCUUUAUCCUGCAUUAUAUUAAAUGGAAGGAGUUUUUGAAAGUCUACUCAGGUGCAAGGAAUUGGUCUCACCAUUAGACAGUGGAUUAUUAAAUAAUGCUGUGCAAGGUUUAAACCCAGGAGUAAUUUAUAAGUAGGUUUGGGUGAGCAUAGUCCUUAAUAAGCACUCAUCCCCUCCCCCCCAAAAAAAAACAAAACAAAGAAAAAAUUGACCUUAAUGACAAUGAAAUUGAAAUGACUUAGCACUACACAGAGUCUCCCCCAAAAGACUGAGUUUUCUUAUUAUUUUGAAGGAAGUUUCAAUGAAAAAACUCCUGCAUGUGUACAUCGUGGGUGCAUCUUUCCCUUUUAUUAUUUUUUAUUGAUUUGUUUCGAAAUAAACUUACAACUUGAUGAACAUGGUGAAAAUUAAAUAGGUGCCCAGCCUCAAAUAAGAGCCCACCUUGAAUAAAUGCCCACUCUCAAGGUCCAGAAAUUAAAUGAGUGCCCUGAGGGUCCUAGCCUCCUACACACACAUUAACCCAUUCGCCCCUGAACCCCGAACCCCUGAACCAGGUCCUUUCUACCCCGUCAUCAGUUUUAACGGCGGAUCCAGGUCCUUUCUACCCUUUGUGACACGCGUCAUCAGUUUUAAUCCGGUCUAAAAGGACAACUCUUUUCAAAAUUACUAAAUGCCCACAAGAAAAAAAAAAUGAGGCGUGUGCAGAGUGAAGAGAUCUUUCAAACCAUACCAGAAUGAGCACAAUUCAGUCAAGGACACCGGAGAAAGAAGCAAAAAACCACGUGACAAGGACCUGAAAAUCUCCAUGAAAAUCUUGUUCCAUUACCCACCUACCUUUCCUUUCACCUAAUCCUAAGAUCCUAAAAGCUUUGCUAAAAACUCUUCCCACCAAAAUGAAGCCUACUAAAUGCCCAGCAAGAGAAAAAAAAAUGAGGCAAGAAAAGCGAAAAAAGAAGGGAGGACAGAAAGCGAAAAGUGAAAGUCAAGACUGCUGUGUCACUUUUAAACCCAAAAAAAAAAAUCUUUCCUUUUUGUCUAGUUUUGGGCUGCGCACGGAUUUUGUCAAAAGGUCCAAAAUAGCUGUAUUUGCCAGCAUUGUGACGUCAAAAUGAGCACGGUGACCCCCACUUUUUAUUACUUUUUUAUCAUCUUCUUGACUUGUUACAUCAGUGUACCAAGUUUCAUAUACAAUCUAUGUUAGGUUCUUUUACUAGGGAAUCACCUUAAGACGGAAUCCAUGGGGAAAUUUAGUAAUUUUAACUUUCAGUAGACAAAAACCUUGUACCAGAAUAAUUUAAAGAAUAUUGCAUUCUUUUUUAUAUUGUAAUAUAGUCAUCUGUAAUAACACCAAAGAAAAUUUCUCAUGGGAGUCCAAGAAAUGAACGUCAAAUUUCACGAGAAUUUUUGGAAACGCAGGUAAAAUUCUAAAAAUUUCAUGUGUAAGAUGUAAUUAAUUUAUUUUAAGAUGUAAUUUAUUUAUUUAUUUUCUCGGGCUCCCAUAUGAAAUUUUCUUUGGUGUUAUUACAGAUGACUAAUAUUACAUCUUUAGCCCUUGAAAAAUGUUAAAAAGAAUGGGUUAUGCUUUCAUUAUUAUUCUGGUACAAGGUUUUUGUCCACUGAAAAUUAAAAUUACUUCCUGGUGGAUUCCAUCUUAAUUCUUUGGGGUUUGUCACACAUUCCUACCCCUCAAUCAUCAUUCAUUAGGGACGACUUCUAUGGAGCCAAAAGAACGUCUGCUUGGAUGGCUACAGGGUCCUUAAUCAAAUUAAAUGCUUUUCAAAUAAAGGGGAAAUGUUACCUCAAUCUAGAAAUCUUGGAAGCGUUUCCAAUGGGUCUUGAAGUCUCGUUUUGGGGUGAUUUUUGCACCUCUGAGCCUCAAAUUUUGUUUUGUUUUUUUUUGCUGAUAGGUCUCAAAGUCUCGAAUUUUGGGGGUUUUUUUAAUUUCUAUUUGGUCUUCAGGAGUUAAAUUUUUUAGAGUACAUGGGUACAUCUUAUUGAACUGAGCUGUAGUGGAUUAAGACAGUCAAACAAGAGAAAGCAGUGUAUUGGUGGGCUUGGAUCAGCUUUCAUUGGUGUUGUUGGUCUUUUUAUUUAGUUUUAAUUUAUUUGUACUUACCAUUUUAUACCCCUAAAAAAGGUCACAAUGGUACGAGCUAUUUUUAAAAGCAUAUAAAAAUAUUAAACCUAAAUUUAAUUCUGACAAGGAUCAUGCAAGAAACUGCAACACCACAAAAAAUUUCACUUCAAAAACACAGUGGGCUUAAAGGCACAAACAACACACAUCAUACUGUUUGAGGUCACUGUGGUACUACAAGGGCGGGUUUUAUUUAUAAAACUGCAAGAAAAGUGAGUAACACCAUAUUCUUCGUAAACCCCAAUUAUCUCCCUCAACAAUGGGACUUGUGAUUUUGUUUCCAUGCAGUGCAUUAUUAUCAAGUGACAUAUAAUUUCAGUUACAAUUUUUAACUUCCAAAGGAUUAGCAAGAGUUGCGAAACUAGCAACUCAGAUAGCCCAUUGUGCAUUUUGCAUGGAAAUUAUCCAUAUUUCCAUUCCAUGUUGAAAAGAGGCACAUGACAAGAUUGCUUAAACAGUUACUGUUAUAGGAAUUAUGAUUGUUCUGGAGUAUUGCUUUUACUGGACAGAUUAGCAUUACUGGACAGCUUUGCAAAUUACUUUUUCAUGGCUAUAACAAUAAUAUUUUCUUUAAUCUGCAAGUUCACUCAUGUUAUCAUUGUAAUUUUUGUUUCUAUAUACACUAUUUUCAUUGUUUUGAUACUUUUUUUAAGUUUAGAAACAUUUGGUUAAUUUUUUUUUGCAACUGUGCAUUACUGAAGUCACUAUCAUUAUUAAUUUUUAUUCCUGAUUUGUACUGACUUUUAGCUGGUCUACUUCAUUAUAAUAAGCAAAGGUGUACAAAUCACCCUCUCGCCCAUAGAGAGUUGAGUCAUUCGCCUAAUUGAGCAUGACCAGUGUUUGAUAGGGGAUCCAUUUUUUACCUGAAUUUGGUCACCUUUCCAGUCUAGCAGACAAAUAAAUCUCAACAGCAUUAAUGUUUUUUUAUAUUUGCCACAUUGAAGCAAUUUUAUGUUUUUCUUCCUCUCUUUAAAGAAUGCUUUGGUACAAAAGUCAUACCACCCCUCUUCUCUCUCUUACUCCUCCUUCGCCCAUAACCCCUUUCUCCUUUUGAAUGUACUCUUCUGGUCUACCAUAUAAAGCUGAACUUGCUGCAAGUCUCUAUGACUUCUUUAUUUAGGCUGAUUAUUCUUCAAGAAAAUCAAUUAUCUAUGACUUGCACGAAACAUUUAAAUAACGUACCACUAUCUAUUCUUUACUUAGGAGUAAUUGCUGGUCUCAAUGUUCUUCGCAUAAUCAACGAACCCACCGCUGCAGCCAUUGCUUAUGGGCUCGACAAAAAAGUUGGUGGUGAGAGGAAUGUGCUCAUUUUUGACCUGGGUGGUGGUACCUUUGAUGUUUCCGUUCUCACCAUCGAGGAUGGCAUCUUUGAGGUCAAAUCAACAAGUGGAGAUACCCAUCUUGGAGGUGAAGAUUUCGACAAUCGCCUGGUUGACUUUUUGAAGGGAGAAUUUAAGAGGAAAUACAAGCAAGAUAUCUCUGGCAACAAGCGGGCGAUGCGCCGUCUGCGAACAGCCUGCGAAAGGGCCAAGAGGACUCUGUCUUCAAGUCAUCAAGCAAGUAUUGAGAUUGACUCACUUUAUGACGGCAUCGACUUUUAUAUCUCCGUAAGCCGUGCCAAGUUCGAGGAACUCAAUGGUGAUUUGUUCCGUAGUACUUUGGAACCAGUGGAGAAGGCGCUGAGGGAUGCAAAGUUGGAGAAAUCUAAAAUCAAUGAGAUAGUUCUGGUUGGUGGCUCUACUCGCAUUCCCAAAAUUCAAACGUUGCUGUACGAAUGCUUUGAUAGGAGGAAGGAGCUAAACAAGAGCAUCAAUCCUGAUGAGGCUGUAGCUUAUGGUGCAGCCGUACAGGCAGCUAUCCUGAAAGGAGACAAAAGUGAAGCGGUGUCCGACCUCCUGCUUCUGGAUGUGGCUCCCUUGUCCCUUGGAAUCGAGACAGCUGGUGGUGUAAUGACACCUCUCAUCAAACGCAACACCACUAUUCCUACGAAGAAGAGUCAGACCUUCACCACAUACUCUGACAACCAGCCUGCUGUGUUGAUCCAGGUGUUUGAAGGCGAACGCGCAAUGACAAAGGACAAUCAUCUUCUUGGAAAGUUUGAGCUGACCGGCAUCCCUCCUGCUCCACGUGGUGUACCACAGAUUGAAGUCACAUUUGAUGUUGAUGCCAAUGGAAUCAUGAAUGUUUCUGCCAAAGAUAAGAGCACUGGCAAAGAAAACAAUAUUGUCAUCACAAAUGACAAAGGUCGUCUGUCCAAAGAAGACAUUGAACGCAUGGUCAAAGAAGCGGAGCAGUUUAAGGCGGAUGAUGACAAGCAAAAAGACAAGGUUCAAGCCAAGAACAGUCUGGAGAGCUAUGCCUACAGUAUGAAGAGCACAAUUGAGGAUGACAAAGUGAAAGACAAGAUCAGUGAAGAAGACAAGACAGCCAUUGCAGAUAAAUGCAAAGAAGUGAUUGAAUGGCUGGACCAAAAUCCAUCUGGUGAAAAAGAAGAUUAUGAAGCUAAACAGAAGGAGCUAGAGAAGGUUUGCAACCCUAUUAUCACCAAGCUUUACCAGGGUGCUGGCGGUGCUGGUGGAAUGCCAGGUGGAGCGCCUGGUAGUAUGCCUCCUGGAGGGUUUCCAGGUGGAGCUCAGCCUGAUAGCGCAGGCCAAGAAUCUUCUGGUCCCACCAUUGAAGAAGUUGAUUAAAUU